UUUUUUGCCCUUUGUUGAGUCUGACUUGAAGUAGUGACACUUCCUCCUCAGCUAGAAUAUUUUUAUCUGGAACCCUUGUUGGUUCUUGAGAUGGUAUUACCACUGCAUGUCUCUGUUUCAUUGUCUAGUCCAACCUGUAUGUGUGGAUGUCAACACGGUUCCGGAGAUUCUUUUGCAGGAUUUCUAACGUCUUACAAGGAGAAAGCUUCAUAGCCUCAACCAUGAAGACAAGCAGUCACAUAGGGCAUGGAUCUGGAGAACGCUGAACCACCCGUGGUUCUGAGAGCGGACAACUUCCGUAGGCGCCGGAGGAUGAAGCCGCGCAGCGCCGCUGCCAGCCUGUCCUCCAUGGAACUCAUCCCCAUCGAGUUUGUGCUACCCACGAGCCAGCGCAACAGCAAGACCCGGGAAACGGUGCUACUGCACGUGGCUGGCCACGGCAACGUGGAGCAGGUGAAGGCGCAAGUGUGGCUGCGCGCGCUGGAGACGAGCGUGGCAGCAGACUUCUACCACCGGUUCGGCCCGGACCACUUCCUUCUGCUCUACCAGAAGAAGGGGCAGUGGUACGAGAUCUACGACAGGCACCAAGUAGUACAGACCCUGGACUGCCUCCGCUACUGGAAGAUGCUGCACAGGAGCCCAGGCCAGAUCCACGUGGUGCAGCGGAAAGCACUUUCCGUGGAGACUGUGGCCUUCCAGCAGCAGCUCACGGCGCUGAUUGGCUACGACGUCACUGACGUCAGCAACGUGCACGACGACGAGCUCGAGUUCACGCGCCGCCGCUUGGUCACCCCGCGCAUGGCCGAGGUGGCCGGCCGCGACCCCAAGCUCUAUGCCAUGCACCCCUGGGUGACAUCCAAGCCUCUUCCCGAGUACUUGUCGAAGAAGAUCGCCAACAACUGCAUCUACAUUGUCAUUCACCGCAGCACCACCAGCCAGACCAUCAAGGUCUCAGCCGAUGACACCCCAGGCACCAUCCUCCAGAGCUUCUUCACCAAGAUGGCCAAGAAGAAGUCUCUGAUGGAUAUCCCCGAAAGCCAAAGUGAGCAGGAUUUUGUGCUACGCGUCUGUGGCCGGGAUGAAUAUCUGGUGGGUGAAACGCCCAUAAAAAACUUCCAGUGGGUGAGGCAUUGCCUCAAGAACGGAGAAGAGAUUCACCUGGUGCUGGACACUCCCCCGGACCCAGCUCUGGACGAGGUGAGGAAGGAGGAGUGGCCACUCGUGGAUGACUGUACCGGAGUCACUGGCUACCACGAGCAGCUGACCAUCCACGGGAAGGACCACGAGAGCGUGUUCACCGUGUCCCUAUGGGACUGUGACCGGAAGUUCCGGGUGAAGAUCCGAGGCAUUGAUAUCCCUGUCCUGCCCCGGAACGCUGACCUCACAGUUUUUGUGGAGGCAAACAUUCAGCAUGGGCAGCAAGUCCUUUCCCAUAGGAGAACCAGCCCCAAACCCUUCACAGAGGAGGUGCUCUGGAAUGUGUGGCUUGAAUUUGGUAUCAAAAUCAAAGACUUACCCAGAGGGGCUUUACUGAACCUCCAGAUUUAUUGCGGCAAAGCCCCAGCCCUGUCUGGUAAGGCUUCCGCAGAGACUCCCGGUUCCGAGCCAAAAGGCAAAGCUCAGCUUCUCUACUAUGUGAACCUGCUGCUGAUAGACCACCGAUUCCUCCUGCGCCACGGGGAGUACGUGCUGCACAUGUGGCAGAUAUCCGGCAAGGGAGAGGAUCAAGGGAGUUUCAGUGCUGACAAGCUCACGUCUGCGACCAACCCAGACAAGGAGAGCUCAAUGUCCAUCUCCAUCCUUCUGGACAAUUACUGCCAUCCAAUAGCUUUGCCUAAGCAUCGGCCCACACCUGACCCUGAAGGGGACCGGGUUCGAGCUGAAAUGCCUAACCAGCUUCGUAAGCAACUAGAGGCAAUCAUAGCCACCGAUCCACUUAACCCUCUCACAGCAGAGGACAAAGAAUUGCUCUGGCAUUUUAGAUAUGAAAGCCUUAAGUAUCCAAAAGCAUAUCCUAAGCUGUUUAGCUCAGUGAAAUGGGGGCAACAAGAAAUUGUGGCCAAAACAUACCAGUUGUUAGCCAGAAGGGAGAUCUGGGAUCAAAGUGCUUUGGAUGUUGGGUUAACGAUGCAACUCCUGGACUGCAACUUUUCAGAUGAAAAUGUAAGAGCCAUUGCAGUUCAGAAACUGGAGAGCUUGGAGGAUGAUGAUGUUCUGCAUUACCUUUUGCAACUGGUCCAGGCUGUGAAAUUUGAACCAUACCAUGACAGUGCCCUUGCCAGAUUUCUGCUGAAGCGUGGUUUAAGAAACAAAAGAAUUGGUCAUUUCUUAUUUUGGUUCUUGAGAAGUGAGAUAGCCCAGUCCAGGCACUAUCAACAGAGAUUUGCUGUGAUCCUGGAAGCUUAUCUGAGGGGCUGUGGCACCGCCAUGCUGCAUGACUUUACACAACAAGUCCAAGUAAUCGAGAUGUUACAAAGAGUCACCAUUGAUAUUAAGUCAGUCUCUGUUGAAAAGUAUGACGUCAGUUCCCAAGUUAUUUCACAACUUAAGCAAAAGCUUGAAGACCUGCAGAAUUCUAAUCUCCCUAAAAGCUUUAGAGUUCCCUAUGACCCUGGACUGAAAGCAGGAGCACUGGUGAUUGAAAAAUGUAAAGUGAUGGCCUCCAAGAAAAAGCCCCUGUGGCUGGAGUUUAAAUGUGCUGACCCUACAGCUCUAUCAAAGGAAACAAUUGGAAUCAUCUUUAAACAUGGUGAUGAUCUGCGUCAAGACAUGCUAAUUUUACAGAUUCUACGAAUCAUGGAAUCCAUUUGGGAGACUGAAUCUUUGGACCUGUGCCUCCUGCCUUAUGGUUGCAUUUCAACUGGUGACAAAAUAGGAAUGAUCGAGAUUGUGAAGGAUGCCACGACCAUUGCCAAAAUUCAGCAAAGCACUGUGGGCAACACAGGUGCAUUUAAAGAUGAAGUCCUGAAUCACUGGCUCAAAGAAAAGUGCCCUCUUGAAGAAAAGUUUCAGGCAGCAGUGGAAAGAUUUGUUUAUUCCUGUGCUGGCUACUGUGUGGCAACCUUUGUCCUUGGAAUAGGAGACAGGCACAACGACAAUAUUAUGAUCACAGAGACAGGAAAUCUGUUUCAUAUUGACUUUGGGCACAUUCUUGGGAACUACAAAAGUUUUCUGGGCAUUAGUAAAGAGAGAGUGCCGUUUGUGCUAACCCCAGACUUCCUGUUUGUGAUGGGAACUUCUGGAAGGAAGACAAGCCCACAUUUCCAGAAAUUUCAGGAUGUCUGUGCCAGGGCUUAUCUAGCCCUUCGUCAUCACACAAACCUACUGAUUAUCCUCUUCUCCAUGAUGCUGAUGACUGGAAUGCCCCAGUUAACAAGCAAAGAAGAUAUUGAAUAUAUUCGAGAUGCCCUAACAGUGGGGAAAAAUGAGGAGGAUGCUAAAAAGUAUUUUCUUGAUCAGAUUGAAGUUUGCAGAGACAAAGGAUGGACUGUGCAGUUUAACUGGUUCCUACAUCUUGUUCUUGGUAUCAAACAAGGAGAGAAACAUUCAGCCUAAUACUCUGGGCCAGAAUUAAAAACAAGUUAGUAUCCUGAAGCUUUAAAUUAGCAUGUCAGUCAUCGAACUUGGAUUUAAAAUGUAACAGAACAUUGUGAAAACAGGCAUUUGAGAAAUACAACCCUUUUCCUAGCUGAACUCUCACUGGAGAAAAAAACUAUCAUUGCUGAUUGUUUGGUUAGGUAAUACUCAGUGCUAAGCUCAUUUGCAGGUUUGUUUUUUCUCUUUGUCUCAGUGAUACUGGAGAAUACUCUAAGUUAAAUAGCCUAAUGACUUCCUUAUUGUGCCUAUCUUAUUACUGGGUGCUUCUGGAAAUGUUAGAAUAAUUGGUGACAUCUAUUUUCACUUACUGUCUAUUUUGGUCAUCCUUGUGUUAUGCAAGCUCUUUACAGAAAAAAAUGCAGUCACUGUAACCUUUGUAUCACUUCUUAAAUGAUUCUUCCAAACAUCCCCUCAGUGUCUACAGAUGUUAAAAGCAAGGAAGGUGAGUUAGUCUUUUUACUGUCUUUGCAACCAGGUUCUUUCACAGUGUACAACUGAGACAAACAAACCCGAAGUGGAAAAUCUGAACCUUUGUGCCCUUACCCUUCUCUGCUGGUCUGGUUCCAGGGUUAUGAAUGUGAAAAACAAAGAUGAGACCAUUUGUCUCACCUCUGCCCACAAGAGUGAAUUAUCAAAUACAAUUAGUGUAGCCUUCUCCAGCAUUUUUUUCUCCAGCAUAGGAAGAAAGAAAUAACUAAAAGGACUCAUUUUUUGCCUUUAUGUUUUCCAUCCUCCCCUUCUCCCUGCCUCCCUUCUUCCUUAACUCCCAGCCUCCCACAAGAGUUGUGAAAUCUUCAAGGGCACCUUUACUCUAGAACUCAAAAACUCCUUGGGGAAGGAUUUCUCCUUUAACAUUACUGGAUUUUUAGGUACUUCUUUGUAAAGACAUUUAGUAGAAUUUUUAAAAAGGAUAUUAUUAAAGGAGACAUUCUAGAAGAUACAUAUCAGUUUCUAAAUGCCUUAAUUUUAAAUUCUGGUCUGAGAGGUGUUUUCUUUUUCUUUUUUUAAAUUUUGUUUUCUUCCACUUUUAAUGGAAGAAGAUAUUUAAUAUCUAAAAAGUGCUCCAAGUUAGGAAGAACACUACUUGUCCUAUCCACCUCUAGGUUUAAAGGACUUAAAAUUCAACACAUUCUUCAGGUUUCCUAAAAAUAAUUGAAAUGUCUUCUUUAAAGACUAUUUUAAUCUCUUAAAUAUUUUGCUAUUUAUGGUUAGUGUUUAACCUUAGAGAAAGAUCAUUAAAUUAUUUAUAAAACAUUUAAAAAUUACAUAUAAUUAAUACUUUUCAUAGAAAUAACUCCAUAUGAAGAGUAUCUAAGUUUAAGUGUUCAGAUAUAAAUAUGUGUUUAAUUUUUAAAUUUUCUAAACAGAUGCCUGUUUGACUUCAGUGUAGCCCAAACCUUGAUUUUAGUGUAUGCAGAAGCCCAGUGUUUCUCAACCUUGACUGCAAAUUACAGUCACUGGGACACUUUUAAAAAAUACCCUUGCCUGAGACCCACCCCAGAUUAUAAUUUCAUUGGUUUAGGGUGGGGCCCAGACAGCAGUCUUUUUUCUAAUUCCCCCAGGUAAUUCUCAUAUGCAGCCAGGACAGGAAAGCCCUACUUGGGCGUAGGUCACACUGCUUCCUUGCCCAUUGAGCCUUUCCUGUGGCUCAUAACAUGUCUAGUAAGAGUACCUCUCUUUUGACAACUCAUCCUUUUAAAAUCAUGCUACGUCAUCUUGUACAGAAGAUGAAAUGUCUAUUCCUCUCUGUAUAAAUGGACAGUAGAUGUCUUAUGCCAUUUUUAGACCAACUAUUCCCUGCCAUUCAUUCUUUUGAAGAAAGCAGGAAGAAUAACACUUUCUAGUUCAGAAGAGGAUGUUUUCAUCAUUUAAUAUCUAAGAUAUUUAAUGUCUUAUGAAGAAUAGCCAAGCUCAGACCUUAUACAGAUUCUGCUUUUUCUUCAAAUUUCUGAAACUAUCAUUUUAAUGAUAGAAGAAUUACAAAAGGAACGUAUUUAUAUUUAGCUUAUUGACAUGUGUGCAUACAUAUUUGCUCUUCAAAUGAACAAGCUCUUUCAUUAUGCUGAUUGUAUGUAUUGCAUUGGGCUUAAGUCUGCCAUGUUUCACUGAAGACAUAACUUCCCAUCUAUAGAUUUGCAGAUAAAUAUAAAUCACCUUUAUGUGCCUUCUUCCUUCAUUCUCAGUGAAUCACAUGACCAGUGACUUUUAUGCCUUUGAAAAUGUUAUGAACUAGGGUAAUCCUGAGGAUGACGGGGAGAGACUUUAGGAAACUACCCACAGUUCUAUCUUCAAUGCCAAAAAACAGAGAUCACAAGUCAGAUGAUCCAGGUCAAAGCAAGUUUUAUGUAUGUAUAUUCAGGAUCAGGUACAUAAUUUGUAGCACCUGGUGUAAAAUGAAAACACAGGGACCCUUGUUCAAAAAUUAUUAAGACGCUCAAGAUGGUGACAGAACAUUAAACCAAACCUUCUGAGCACAGGGUUCUGUGUGACUGCACAGGUCUCACACCUGUGAAGUCGGCCCCCUGUGUAUCUAAAUAAUAACUUUGGUGCUCAGUUUUGCACAUGUAGACCAUGCCUGGAUGGGUGCAGAUCAAGUGCUCAGAUCAAAAUGAUGUUUCUAUUCUGACUGAAAUACCUCACCUCUAUGGCUACAGAUGGACUUGAAAUACUGGCCUCAUUGCUUUUGGAUUGAAACAAUGGCCACUAAAAAAACAAAGCAGGUGUUUUAGAGCUACUCCUGUGUCUGCAUCUGACUGGCUUUAGUGAUACUUUGGUGGAAGUGGGGGAGGAGGAGACAUUAUAGAUAAAAUACAUAAACUCUUAGAGGAAAAUCUUGACUUUUAAUAAAUUAACUUUAGUAAAUAUAUAUUUUUCAAGAGAUGAAUUAUCAAAAAAAAGUCUCAAUAUAGGAAUUUUGCAGCAUAAUUUGGGAUGCCGUCCGGCAUUAAAUAAUCUUGUGAAAUAAGUAAAAAAAAAAAUUUAGAAAUCAAGUGCAUGAAGCAAAUUCUGGUCUUUAUUUGAUAUGCUUGGCUCUGCUUUCCAUGACUAUGAAAUGAACUGCCAAUUACACUGUAAAGUAUGAAGAAAACAAAAAAAUUUCUUUUGGAUUUUUUGGAGUUCUGCUGUCCUCUUUUCUGUUUAGUCUGAACUAAUGAUUCUAGUCAAUAAAUUCGGUUCUAGCCUGGGGACCUUCAUAUUCUCAAAGAUUCAUUUUCAGGGCAGGUGCCUGGGGUUGCCUAAAGUGCUGUGGGCCCACACCCUGGUCUAAAGUACCUUCUCAGAAUACUAGGACAGACCUUCUUCUGGGUAGUCAGUCCAGUUCUCUCCACUUGCAAGUAUUUUAAUUACAAAUUGUUAAUGUAAAAUUAAAUAAAAGAAAAAAAUCUGACAUCAUGUAUUCUCUGUUCAUAUCAUUUAAUCUCUGACAGGCCAGUCAUUCCUGAAAGUCACAUUCUUUCUUUCAAGAAAUCUUUACCAAGUAUCUACUAACUACCAGACACUGUGCUAAAUACUAGGGCUUAGAAUAUGGGACAAGACUGGCCCAGUCCUAGUCCUCACAGGGUUUAUAAUAUGCUGGUAGUAGUCAACACUUCGUAAAGGGUGUCGAUUACAAAAGUUCUGGGGGAUCUUUUGUAAGUAACUCUGUUUGAUAUUUUUUCCCUGCCACAAAACAUAUUUAAUUGCAUGAAAAAAUGAGACAAAGUGCUAAAAUUCUUACUACAGAAAAAGUUCUCGUAAUUCAAUAUGCAAAAGAUAAAUACCCCAUUAGAAAAUACUGAAUUCAUACACACAAAAAGAAGUGCAUGUAGCCAGCAAGCAUAAAACAAAACAAAACCUGUUGCUGUUGAGUCGAUUUUGACUUAUAGUGACACAGCAGAACUGCCCUAUAGGGUUUUGAAGGAGCAGCUGGUGGAUUCGAAUUGCUGACCUUUUCUUUAGCAGUCAAGCUCUUAACCACAACAACACUAGGGCUCCAAGCAUAUGACAGUAGACCCUGAAUCACUACUGAUUAGACAAAUGCAAAUUAAAAUUGAUUAAGUUCCUUUCUACCAUCAGAUUAGCAAAGACUGGGGAUGCCCAGAGUUGGUAAUAAUGUGAGGGAAAGGGCACUUUAUCACACUGUUGAAAACAAUGCAAGUUGGCAAAUUCAUGCAUGGUACUUUGACAAAAUUUAUCAAAAUCGACAAUACCUAUUUUCUGACCCAGCAAGUCCAUGUCCAGGAAUUUAUCCUUCAGAAAUGAUUGGACAGGUGGGCAAGGAUUUAUGUCAAAAAUAAUUACCAUGGCAUUGUUUGGAGUAACCAAAAGUUGGAAAUAACCUAAAAGUCUCUCAGUAGAGAAUUUUUAAUUAAAUCAUAGAACAUCCAUACAAUGGGCUACAAUGCAGCCCUUGAAAAGAUAUGGUAGAUCAAAAUGUAUUGAUAUACCUGUAGCUCUACAAAACUGAGGAGUGAAAGAAGGUGGCUACAGGACAGUAUUGCAGUCAAAUCAUAUUCAAGUUAAAGUGUAGGUUUGUUUACAUAUUAAAAGUCUGGGAGGAUAUACACACACCAAUUUGUUUAUAGUGAUUUUCCCCUUGUAUUUGUUUUUCCCCUGGGUUUUGGGAACUCUGACUUUAUAUUAUUUGAAUUUCUAAACAAUAGGAAAAAUUAUUUUCAUUUUGGAAAAAUAUGCAGUUUGCACGAUAAUCAUAUCCUUUAAUAUAUAUUAAUCCCAUUAAAAGGUAAGAAACUUUUCUCAAAGAAAAAACAUCAUGUGAAGUUAAUAAUUAUCAAGGAACAGCAUCAAAGCCGUUGUGAAUUUCAUGGCAUAAAAUGUCCAUGUUAAAACUUCCUGCUAUGUCCCUCCCUACCUAACUGUGAUCUUUUAUACUGUGAAUGCUGGCCUUGAUUUACACCCCUAAAAUGAGCAGAAGCGCUGUUACGGAUGGAGUCUAUUCAGUCAGUAGGGAUGUCUUGCCUGGCCCAGCUCUUCUCGGUUCUGCAAACCUCAUUCAGCCUGUGUGGCCAUGUUCAGCUCUCUCAAUCACAUUUGAGGUCCCCUUUGGAGGUGUAAACAGCCUCAUUUUCACUUCUCAUGAAUGUCAGAUUCUUUUCUAAGCGUUAGUUCAUUAGUAUGAGUGAAUAAAUCUGCCUUAUGCUUUGGUAAUAUUUUUCCUUUUGCAGACUGGGGUCAGAGUCUGAGUUCACAAUGCACUUGGUGAUCCAACUUGGAGGAUGUAAUGGGGACAAGGACAUAACAAGGAACAGGGAGUCCAUUUGUAGCACUUCAGCAGCACUUCUCUGUAUCUCAAAGCAGAUGGACAAUCAUUUGAGAAUUUUUUCCUCCUCUCUGGCAGAGAUACACCCACAAUUACCUCUAUCAUUUCCAACCAUGUGCAAGGGUUAUGGUUGGACAGCACCCUCCAUUACCAGAAAUGUGUGGCUGCUAAUGCCAUGCUCAUCCCCUGCACCCCCAGCCACACCUUUCCUUUGCAUCAGUACUAGGCACUGUACUACAAAAUAACCAGCCCUGUAACUUCUGAGGGCAUCCUCUGGGGAAGUCCUGGGGCCAUAGACCACUGCCAAAUCCCUAGCCUCUCCCUGGUUCUGCUCUCCCCAAUCAUAGCUCUGGAAACCAGAGAAGAUAAUUCCUCAUUUUUGAAGCAACCCCUUGCUUAGGCUCUAACUGCUCAAAGUGGUAGAACACGCUCUGCAGGCUUUCAACAGGAGAUAAGUUCAAUUCCUUUAAUCUAUAGAAAUUUAAAUGAGGCGGAGGCUCAUCCCAAAUUCAAGUAGGAUGGCUGUUUGAACAAGUUGUCUAACCUCUCUAAGCCUCAGCUCUUCCUUCUGUUAACUGAGGAAGACAGUAGAACCUAAU